AUGGCGGCCUCGACGGACGACCGCGAUGGCAUCUCAGGAGUAAGGCAGCCGAAGCGGGAAGAGAUGCGGAACAGGACAGGUGGCGACCUCUUUGAUUCCGCGCCAAUCACCGCCUAUCCAGCCAGCAGCCACAGGCGUGAGCAGCAAUGGAGGCAGCAGUUUCCUUUAAUCGCCCCCCGUUUUUCAAGAGUCACAGCUCACCUCCCAUUCCGCCCCCCCCCUACACUCCCAACCCCCCGCCCUUCUCGCCCCUCCCCCGGUCCCACCCCUCCGUCCUCCCGGCAGCCAUCGUCGGAGGACAAAGCGUCGCUGUGGUCGCGCCUGACGUUCGCGCGGGUGGGGCCGCUUAUCCACUCAUCUGCUCAACCGCUCACCCGCUCAUCCGCCUCACGUUCUUUUCCUCCUCCCCCCCGUGCCAUCCGCUCUCUCCCCGCAGCCGUCGCCCGAGGACGAAGCUUCCCUGUGGUCGCGGCUGACGUUCGCCCGUCGCCAGAGGACGAGGCGUCGCUGUGGUCGCGCCUCACGUUCGCGUGGGUGGGGCCGCUCAUCCGCGUGGGCAACGCCAAGGUGCUGCACGCCUCCGACCUGCCGCCCCUCUGCCCGCGCGACUCCACUGCUGCCGUCGCACCCUCGCUCAGGGCCGCGUGGCAGGCCGAGACGAACGCCACGCACAGGCGUCCCUCGCUGCCCCGUGCAUUGGUGAGCACAUUCGUGCGCCCCUUCAUGGCAGCGGGUGCACUCAAGCUCAUUCACGACCUGCUGCAGCUCGCCUCGCCGCUGCUGCUGCAGCAGAUCAUCCUCCACCUCAGCAUGACGUCAUUCCAUGUCAGCACAGCGCCCCCGCACCCAGCAGUCAACAGCUCAGCCGAAGGCCUCCAUGAUCCCUCGCUCUUCCUCCGCAACUCCUCGCUCCCUCUCCCCUCCACCCUCACACCCUCCCUCCACCGCUCACUCCUCUCCGCCCCCUCCACCCACCCAACUAUCCCUGUCACUACCCCACUCCCCUCUCUCCCCCCAGCACCCCAACUCCUCGCUUGGAUCUUCCUCCCUCUCGUGUCUCUCGUCCCUCAAGCGGCCCCCCAUACCCAGAGCCCAAUCGCCAACACCACUGUUGGCUUCACGGGCCCCCUCGCACACUCCUCAACUCACCCACUCCCAUCCUCCUCCUCCUCGCACUUAUCCUCGUUAGUGGCCGCUUCACUACCAGCGUGGCUGCCGGGGCUGCUGCUAGCGGGGGUGCUGCUGGCGUGCAACGUGGGCCAGUCGCUCGUCGCCCAUCAGUACUUCCACCGCCUCUACCGCCUCUCCUCCCAUGUGCUCACGGCGCUGGUGGCGCUCAUCUACUCCAAGGCGCUGCGCAUCUCUGCUGCAGCGCGCCACUCCACCAGCCUUGGGGAGAUUGUGAAUCUGCAGAGCAACGAUGCGGAGAAGCUGGCGAAGCUCUGCAUCUAUCUGCACAUCGUGUGGAGCGGCCCCCUGCAGAUCAUCGGUGCCUUGGCCUUCCUCUUUCGCUUCCUCUCUGUCAUCCCUGCCCUGGCAGGGCUGGCGACAAUGCUGCUGCUGAUGCCGUUCAACGGGGUGCUGAUGGGGCGCCUGUCAGCGGUGCGCCACCGCCUCAUAGCGCGCACCGAUGCACGCGUGCGCCUGCUCUCCGAGGCCGUGGGGGCCGUGCGCGCCGUGAAGCUCAACGGGUGGGAGGCGCUGUUCAAGGCGCGCAUAGAGGCGAGGCGGGCAGAGGAGAUGAAGGAGAUCACUGUGUCCGUGCUGCUGGAGGCCAUGGGGCUAUUCGUGUACUACCUCACACCCAUGGUGGUCAGUGUCGUCUCCCUCGCCGCCUAUGUGCUGCUCGGCCGCCCGCUCACCGCUGACGUCGCCUUCCCCGCCCUCGCCCUCUUCAACCUCCUCAGGUUCCCCCUGGCCAUGAUUCCCGAUCAAAUCAACGACUACGUGCAAGCCAAGGUCUCCGCGGGCCGUGUUGAAAAGUUUCUGCUGCUGCCCGAGAUCGUUCCGUUGGAAGAGGAGCCGGGCAGCCAGAAGGGCAGCAUAAAGCUUUGCAAUGCCUCUUUCUCCUGGGGAGGUGGGGCAGGCAAAGUGGACAGCGCCAGUGAUGCUGAUGGCAGUGGCCGCAACGAUUCAAGCACUAUUGGUGGUGGUGGCAGCGGUGGCAGUGGCAGUGCUGUGGCAGUGGGUGCGAAUGGCAUGGGUGCAUGUGAAGCAAAGGAGGAGGAGGGAGGGAAGCAGGGAGGGAAGAAGGGAGGGGAGGGGGGAGAAGGGGCGUUGGCACUAUGUGAUGUGACGCUGGACAUUCCUCCAGGGCAGCUCGUGAUCGUGGUGGGCGAGGUAGGGGCGGGCAAGUCGUCACUGCUGGCGGGGCUGCUGGGGGAAAUUACUCGUGUGGCGGGCAGUGUGUCAGUGGCAGGCCACGUGGCGUACACCAGCCAGGUGAGGUCAUGUCGUGACACGUGUGCAUGGUGA